AUGCCUGUCUGCCUCUGCCUGCCUGCCUGCCUGCCUGCCUGCCUGUCCUGCAUACGAUCCCAACCAAUCAGUCAACCAAUAGCUUUACCCCAUUCGGCCAAAGGUGGUGCAAUUUAUGACAGAAAAGAAAAACACACGGAUGUGAAGCAUUUCGUCCCAGUCCACUCAGGAUUUCAGGAACAAGAAAAAUGUAAAAAUAGCGGACCACAAGACGUACGGGAUAACAUCUCAAUGAUCCGAUACUUUUUGAUACCUCGUUUCCCGAUCCUCACCCCUGUCUGCAAAAGAUUGCUGUAUACGGAUACGGUCCUCGAGACAUAA